AUGUGUUUCCGGAAAAAAAGUUUCUAUUUUGUUUUUUCAAUUCUUUUCAAUUCAGGCGAUACUGGAUCUAUAGGCAACACCGGAUCUCCUGGUCCUGUAGGUCCAGUUGGGCCAAUGGGACCACUUGGAACAACAGGAGCAACAGGGCCAAUUGGUUCACCUGGACCUUUAGGAUCACCCGGCUUAAAGGGACCGGCUGGUCCAUCAGGACCUAAGGGAUCUCCUGGCCCCUCAGGACCCCAAGGCUUUAGAGGUUCUCCAGGUAGUCAGGGGGCUCCUGGCGCUACCGGACCUUCCGGAGCACCAGGACCAGUUGGAUCUGUGGGUCCCGAAGGUUUGCCUGGCUUACAAGGAGAAUCAGGAACGCCUGGAGGUCAAGGAAAUACUGGACAACCUGGAAGCAGAGGUAAUUAA